AUGCCACCAGACUUGAUUGUUCCUCCUACCCUUGCUACUGCUCUUCAGAAUGCUUCGUCGGUGAUCGCAUCUCCUCAACACUCCUCCGAAGCCAUGGCGUCAAACUCGAUCAAGCUCUUGACUGGGAACAGUCACCCGGAGCUGGCGCAUGCCGUCGCCAAAAGACUGGGUAUCGAGCUCGUCAAGAUUAUGGUGUUGCAAUACUCGAACCAAGAGACCAGUGUCACGAUCGGCGAGUCGGUCAGAGACGAAGAUGUCUUCAUCCUUCAAUCGACCCGACCAAACGACAUCAACGACGGCCUGAUGGAACUGCUCAUCAUCUGCAACGCCUGCAAGACCGCCUCCGCCCGCCGUGUCACCGCCAUCCUACCGAACUUCCCCUACGCGAGACAAGAUAAAAAGGACAAGUCGCGAGCUCCCAUCACGGCAAAACUCAUGGCAAACAUGCUUCAGACGGCGGGCUGCAACCAUGUCAUUACCAUGGACUUGCACGCUUCGCAGAUUCAAGGCUUCUUCAACGUGCCAGUGGACAAUCUCUACGCAGAGCCUAACAGUGUCAAAUGGAUUCGGGAAAACCUCAUGCAUGCGAGCGAGACCGGCUUGGAGGUGAACGGACCAAGGCAGGAGUGUGUCAUUGUGAGCCCGGAUGCUGGGGGAGCCAAGCGAGCCACAUCCAUGGCCGACAAACUCGAUUUGCCAUUUGCUUUGAUACACAAAGAACGAUCCCGGCCUAACGAAGUCUCGCGAAUGACGCUGGUGGGCACGGUGCAAGAUAAAGUGGCCAUUGUGGUGGACGACAUGGCAGAUACCUGUGGCACACUCGCAAAAGCCGCCGAUACGCUGAUCAAACACGGGGCGAAGGAUGUGGUUGCGCUCGUCACUCAUGGUAUUUUGUCAGGGAAAGCCGUCGAGACUCUGCGAAACUCGUCGCUGAGCCGCUUGGUCAUGACCAAUACGGUCCCGGUCAGCGAGGACAAGAUCGAAGCUCUCAGGGUUCCUGAAGGCCAGAAGGGAUGCAGGCUCGAGUUUAUUGACAUUGCUCCCGUCCUGGCGGAGGCCAUCAGGCGGACGCACAAUGGCGAAAGCCUCAGCUCCAGUCAAGGCCAAGCGACACUUCCAGACAACGACGACAACGAAAACGACCACAAAGGCUCCAUCAACAACAACGGUGAAACCUCCAUCUACCUCGACUACCAAGCCUCCUUCUACUACGACGACAAGGUCAACGUCAACAUCCAAAACGAUCACACCAUCUACCACCACAACGACGACGACGACCACCACCACCACCACUACUACCACCACCACAAGCACCAUUCCGACCACUACCCCAAGUACUACCACCACAACAACAACUACAACGACAACGACGACGACCACAACGACAAGCGCUGCGCCAUCUCCUGUCUGCUCAGACCUGUACCAGCAGUUCCGACUGUAUCAGCCUUGAUGGCACGACAGAUUGCACCUGCUAUUCUCGCAUCUCCGGCUGUGGAACUGACGGCGAUGGCGUCUGUCUACCAACAGAUCAAUUCAGCACCCCCACGCCCUGCACCGACGAUUCCCAAUGCCCGGUUCUGUCUUACUGUGUAG